AUCACCUGGGAAGUGCUGAGUGUAUAUUCAGGACCUCCUGUGAUUUCUUUCAAAUUCAGACAUUGGGGUUUCUUUGAAGGACCUUUCAAAGGCCAUGCUCCUAACGGAGAAAAGGUUGAGUUCUAUGGCUCAGGAGCCCUCAACGUGGAUGAAUCUAUGAGGGCAGAAGAUGUAGAGAUUUACUAUGACCCAGCAGAGUUAAUUGGAGGGCUACUGUUCUCACCAUCCCAAUCAGAACCAGAAGACAACACUGUCAACACUGCAACAGCAACACAUGGCUGCCCAUUUUCCAAAAAAAAGUAACUGGACAUGUGAAGACAUUAAUUGUGCUCCUGCUAGCUAUUGUUUUGUUACUCUUGUUUGUACGAUGAAUCAAUCCACUUGUUUGCUUUUAUUACCAUUUUAUCUAUCCAAGGUACAAUGUCUACUGAUCUCGUGUAUACUGGCUAGCUAAUCUAGCUUGUAUAUCCAAUAAUUAUGCCAGCGUGUAUAUAAAUUUCAUUCGAGA